AUGGAGAGCCCAUUUGUGUAGAUAAAUCGCAGCCGUCGGAUUAUUCCCCAAUCAAGAUCGACGGACGAGGAUUCAUGAGCAGAUUAUCCGAACUGUCGGCCCCCUGCUCUUUAACUACCACCAACCGUCCGGUCAGUCGGCCAGAAAUGGCGACGGCGCCGCUGAAGUCGCCGGCGAGUGUCGCCGGAAGGGACGGAGUGUACGUGGCGGCGGUGCCGCUCAGAGCAACGAAAGGACCAGCUCAGCUGCUGGCUUCGGCCGCCUAUUCGCUCAAGCUCUGGGAGUUCCAGCAUUUCAUGGUCAUCGUCAGAACCUCCUCGCCACCAUCCGAUUCUCAGGCAUGUGUGUUUGAUUUUCAACCUGAAGACCCUGAAAAUGUGUACGUGGCGCUUGCAGCCUUGUCAGGUAGAUCAAUUCCAGGAACUGUUCUCAAAAGAAAGUUGACAAAGCUACCGAAAGAAAGGUGCUGGUUUGUGGGAUCAUGUGGAGAGCAUGCUCUGGAUGUUGCAUGUAAAUUCAGCAACCUCUGGGAGACCGACUUGAAAAUUGGGCAUCACGAUUGCCGCGAUUAUGCCAAUGGGCUGGUUGAGCACCUUACUGGCGAAAAGGAUGUGCUAAAGCGCUUGAGAAGAAGCUUUGUUGAUCUGGACUAGGGCAUCAAGUUACUGGUUACAUUGUUUUAGCUCUGUAAGUUCAUCUAUGUGCUUGGUACCAAGGAGAACAAAGUUGAACGAAAACUACCAUUGAAAGUGGUAGGCUUAUUAGUAUAGUAGAUUUGAAAGUUCAAUUUUAUUUCUUAUUCCUAAAUUUAAUCAAUUACUUCCCCGCUGUAUUUAUCAAUACGAAAAUUAAUCUUUCAGAUUGCUUUUAUGUUGA